AAAAAUAUUAUUGGAACUUCAGAGCACGAAACCCAAACAUGUCCGUCGAGGAAGGAGACUAGCGACCCAUUUUCUUCUCUAUUUUCCUACUUUGGUCUUGGCUUGGUCACUGCUGCGCGCAGGCAGUAGACCAAGAUGUCGAAGAGACCACUGGAGGAUGGGGGCUCCAGCUCAUCCCCCCCGGCCAAGAACCUCAAGGUGCAGUUUGAGCCCAUCCAGCUGGGCUCUAUCUCCACCCUGGAUGAGAUGGACAUGAAAACGCUGCGCUUCCAGAACCACAAACUCUAUCAGCGUCUAGAGCAAAGGAAGAGACUUGAGGAAGACCUCCGAAGCAGGAUAGAGCAGCUAGAGAAGCGUCAAACUCAGAGUGACGAUGUGUUGACUGUCAUCAACCGGUACUGGAACCAGUUCAAUGAAGACAUUCGACUUAUGUUGCAGCGAUUUGAUGCGGAGACUGCUGAUGAAUCAGAAACGAGAAAUGAGAGUGAGGCCACAACAUCUUUCUUGACGCAGCUCUCCACCUGGGACCGAGAGGAGUUAGAUGAGAAGCUUGUGAACAGGGUCCAGGUGUCCAAGCGAGCUGUGGCCAAGAUUGUUCAAGCCUUUGACCGUCUGCACCAGCGCAAUGAGAAGGUUGCGCGUGCACUCAAGGGGGAGGGCAUGGAAGGAGAGGCACCCCCAUCCUUGGAGGAGGGAGUGAGGGAGCUCAAUGGAGAGUUGCAGCAAGAGAACAAGAAUCUUCAAGCUCAGAAUCUCUCCUUCCAUGAAAGACACCACCUAAUGUGUCUGAAGGUAGCAGAACUGGAGGAGAAACUCCAGGCUAUGGACACAGAAAAGGCUGAAAUGCAAAACCGCAUUGAGGACAUGGAAUAUGACCUCAAUAAAACCCGUUCUCGCUGUGAGAAGGUGGAGACGCACCUGGCGGAGACCUGUCAGAAACUGAAGGCCAUGCAAGAUGAUGGAGGUGGAGGUGUGGGCAAUAAGGGAACAGGGAAUGGGGUACCGGGGAAGAUUACACCUGCCAUAACGUCUAAGAAAACCUUGCCCAGCAGCUAUAGGUCCAGUUUAAUUUGUCCGCCCCAGAUGGAGGAGCUGGCGAGUGAAGUGGAGGAGCUCAGGGAACUCAGCGCCAAACGUCUUGACGAGCUGGAAAAGAAGACCAACGAACACAAGGAAGCCCUCAAGGAAGUGGAGCGCCUGAAGAUGGAUCUGCGACAGCUGCCAGAGAGUGUCAUUGUGGAAACCACUGAGUACAAGUGUUUGCAGUCACAGUUUUCUGUUCUGUACAAUGAGUCAAUGCAACUGAAGACCCAGCUGGAAGAGACCCGGGCACAGCUUCAGAACAGCAAGAAUGCUCAUCUUAGGCAGAUUGAGCAGAUGGAAAGUGAGGAACUAACCUCACAGAAGAAGUUGCGUACAGAAGUGAUACAGCUAGAGGACAUGCAGGCGCAAGUGCGGAAAGAGUAUGAAAUGUUAAGAAUCGAGUUUGAGCAGAACCUGGCGGCUAAUGAGCAGACUGGUCCCAUCAACCGCGAAAUGAGGCACCUGAUCACCUCCCUCCAGAACCACAUCACUCAGCUCAAAGGGGAAAUCCACAGGUACAAGAGGAAAUACAAGGAAUCUGCCUCAGAGACUAGUAAGCUAAAGCGAGAGGUUGAGGAGCUUCACCAGAAGCUGGCAGUCAGACAGAGGAGUGCGAGUGUGAGUGAACGGCAGGACAGUGUGAGCAGUGAUCGAGGGGAUGGACUGAAGGAGCAGGUGGUAAAGGAGGAAGGUAGUGAGUCAUGUGAUUCCUCUGGGCCUCCCACUUCCUCCAACCAGCAGUCCUCAGUCCCAGCAGGUGCAGGAGGACCUGCUGGCGAGGAUAAAUCUGCUGAGGGCGGCAUUGACGUCAAGAAGGAGGAAGGAGACGAAGAGACCAAGGAUAAUGAAGAAGGAGGGGACAAGAAGGAUGACAAGAUAAAGAAGGAAGUGAAGAAGGAGGGGAAGGAAGGAAAGGAGAGCAAACAGGGUGGAGCAGCUGCCUCAGCCAAGGACACCAGAGAGAAUGAGAUCAUCCGUAACCUCAAAUCAGAGCAUAAGAAGGCUGUGAAUGACUACCGGGAGCUGAAGUUGCUGCUCGACAUGUACAAAGGGGUUGGAAAGGAGCAGCGUGACAAAGUGCAGCUCAUGGCAGCUGAGAAAAAGGCACGCCAGGAAGUGGAGGAACUGAAGGCUCAGGUGAAGAAACUUCAAGAGAGCAAGCGUGAGGAGCGAAAGAAGCUGGCUGAUGAGGAAGCCAUUCGCAAGAUCAAGCAGCUGGAGGAAACUGUGCAUCAGCUGCAGAGACAAGUGGCAGCCCAGAAGCAGGAAGAGGAGACCCUGCUGAAUGAGAUGGAGGUCACGGGCCAGGCCUUUGAAGACAUGCAGGAACAGAACAUUCGCCUGAUCCAACAGCUGCGGGAGAAGGACGAUGCCAACUUUAAGCUGAUGUCAGAGAGGAUAAAGUCCAACCAGAUCCACCAGCUUGCAAAUGAGGAGAGGAAUGUCCUGCAGGAACAGACAAACACCCUAACAACACAAGUGGAAGCCCAAAACCAAGUGGUGCGCAAACUUGAGGAGAAGGAACGUCUUCUCCAAAACACCCUGGCUACGGUAGAGAAAGAAUUAAGUCUAAGACAACAGGCUCUUGAAAUGCAUAAGAGGAAGGCCAUAGAAUCAGCUCAGUCUGCAGCUGAUUUGAAGUUACAUUUAGAGAAAUAUCAUGCACAGAUGAAGGAAGCACAACAAGUAGUGGCAGAGAAGACCAUGGCACUGGAACAAGAGGCCUUUAAGUACCGAAGGGUCCAGGAGGAGAUAGCAAGUCUUCGGCGGAAGGUGGAGAGAGCCAAAAAGUUCGAGAUGGCGGAUAGGGCGGAUGAGGUGCUCAUGGAGGAGAUUAGAGAAUACAAAGACACACUCACUUGUCCGUCUUGCAAGGUGAAAAGAAAAGAUGCUGUCCUUGUGAAGUGUUUCCAUGUGUUCUGCUUUGAUUGUUUGCGAACGAGGUACGAGACAAGGCAGAGGAAGUGCCCUAAGUGCAAUGCUGCCUUUGGGGCUAACGACUACCAUCGUCUGUAUCUGACCUAGCACGUCUGUUGGCUUAAAUUAUAUUUCCUAAUAUUAAUGUUAUUAUUAUCAUUAUUAAUUUUAUUUUUACUUAAUUUUCUUCAACUUUCGAAGAGUGAAAAAGUGCUCAAGAGUAAGCUUAUUUGUUAUGGACGAGAAAUAUUUUUUCAACAAAGUAAAUAAAAUUGAAAAUUCCAUUUAAGAGCUUUAGGAAAUGUGUGUACGCUGUAAAGAAUUAUGAUAAGGUACAUACAAACAAGGAAAAGAUUGAUGAAUUGAUUUCGUCUCUUGAGGCAGACCUCUUUUGUCAUAAAAAAAUAUUUGUAGCGGGAGGAAUACAUUUUAAGAAUCCUGUGGACUGAUUUUCUAUAGCGUUUUUGUUUUAUACAGUAGAGCAUAUGUGUUCAUGUUGCUGUUAAAAAUGGCGGGGGUUUAUCACUGGAGUUGUGAGAAUGAUGUACAAGCAAUAUACAUUUUUUUUUCUUUUCUAUUCUAUUUCUUUAUGCUGAAUUGUUCAUGAUGUCACUGGACAUCAUAUAUAUCCUUUUCUCACAGCUUCAUGAGGAAUACGAGAGAGAGCGAAGAGUGAACGAGAGAGAAAAUAGCAUUCCAGAUUAGAUGUUCCAUAACACUGAUUGAACAACUGACACCUUGCAAUUACAAGGCAGUUGCAUUCAAAGCAAUUAUUCCUUUAAUGAUGGUACACUAAGCAAGAAGAUCCUGAAAAGGCAUUUUGUGCCCCAUUUUUUUCAUUUUGAUUAGGGCAAAGCCUAGACCUGGCACUGGAUCUCGUUUUUAUUUAUGAAAUUUUGUACUUUUAACAUGGUCUUCAUAAGCUUGAUGAUUUUCAUACAUUUACAGCUUAAGAAUGUAAAGCAUUAUACAUUAAAGGAGCACUUAUUUACCAGUGAAGGUAAUAAUUGUUUAUAAAAUUGUAUCAAUUUUCAUACAUAUUUCAGAAAAUAUUUAGGUAUUAAAAAUGUUGUAAUGCCAUACAUCAUAAUGUAUUGGAUGUCAAUUACAAAAUAAAUGUUUAU